AUGGCAUCAGCCGCGCUCCAGUUUUUUGCUUUCAUCCUAGCCUUGUUUGGUGUUUUUGGUGCGAUCGCAGCCACCCUGUUGCCCAACUGGAAGGUGAAUGCAGACACGGGCUCAAACAUAAUCACAGCCAUCACUCAGAUGCAAGGGCUCUGGAUGGACUGCACAUGGUACAGCACCGGGAUGUUCAGCUGCACACUGAAAUAUUCAAUCCUCUCUCUCCCUGUUUACAUCCAGGCAGCAAGGACCACCAUGAUUCUGUCCUGCAUUCUCUCCAGUUUUGGGAUCUGCAUCGCCACAGUGGGGAUGAAGUGCACCCUCCUGGGAGGGGACAGAGAGACCAAAAACCACACGUCAGUUGCCGGAGGAGUCUUCUUUAUUUUGGCAGGAAUAUCUGGCUUGAUACCAACAGCCUGGUACACGAAAGAGAUUAUUUCCAAAUUUCUGGACCCAACUAUUCCAGAAAGCAGUAAGCAUGAGCCAGGAGGAGCAGUUUACGUUGGAUUUAUUUCGGCUGGACUUCUGCUUGCUGCAGGUACCAUCUUUGGCACUUCCUGUUUUAAGAAACAGCAGAGACCAGGGAUUUAUCCUAACAAGCAGCAGAACCUGCACCUAGCUGCCCGGCAAGUGGACACAGACUACAGCCUGAAGGACUAUGUGUAA